GACAGCAAACGGGAGAACACCUGUGUCAGCCAGUUUGUGAUAUAUGAAGAGUUCCACAUACAGAAUCAGUGACAUGAGUGUUGCAGAUUGGAUAUUACUAUACUUUGUGUUCCUAAUUUCCUCUACCACGGGAAUGCAGAUUCACCUGGCAGACACUGGGCAGUUGCUCCACCCUCAGUUGGAGUCCACUGUCUUCCCUCUCCACCCACCUGGCGAGUAUCGUGUGUUACGCUGGUCGGAACGAAGUCGACGCUCCCUGCACCACGAUCUUAAGUCUUCAGCCUCCACUGUCUCCCUCCAGCUACCCUUUCCUGAUUCCCAGGUUGACCUCGUCCUCCAAAAUGUCAAUCUUGCAGCGCAGGACCUCCAACUGAGUUUCCACGAGUUCCCGGGUCAGCAGGUGGAAGCAGACGACAUCCCUGUUGACUGUUUCUACGCCGGCGGCUCCUCAACCACCUGGGCUGUCAUCUCCACCUGUAGCGGCUUGAUGGGCGUGGUGGAGCGUAGCGGGAAGAGUUACCAGGUGGAGGAGGUGAGCCAGGAGGAGUAUCAGCCGAAGUCUCGAUACCGUAGGGGGACACGGGAGACUCUGGUGGUGAUCUAUCCGCUGAAGACGAACCUUGCCCACGAAACAGUUCUCCCUCCUGUUCUACCGGACUUCGACGGAGACACGGGCUUCACCAUCAGUACUGAGGAGUCUUUGGAUACUGCUACUAAGGCACAUGGAGGUGAUGUAACGAAGUCUCACGACGAAACAGGGACGGAGAUCGCCACGACGCCAGACGGAAGAGGAGAUCGCGUACGUCGGCGGACAGAUGAGAACACGUCAUACACUGUGGAGCUGGCCGUAUUUAUGGACCUUGGGCUAUUCUCGUACGUGAAAAAGCGUUACCCUAACAGCAACACCAACAAGAAGCUCAUUGAGAUUGUUAUGACCCUCAUUAAUGCUGUACACCGACUGUACUCUGACCCCUCGCUGGGAGACGCCAAGAUCGGAAUGCUGGUGAAGAGAGUUGAGGUCCUGGGCAGCAACAAACCCAAUAGUGCGAAGGGCGACAUCUACGAAUACCUCAAGAACUUCUGUAGGUGGCAGGCCAAGUUAAACCCGCGGACUACGUCAAAGAGCUGGGAUCAUGCUCUUCUACUGUCUGGUCAAGACCUGUGGAACGUGAGGCCUUCCAAGAACUCGACGGUGGGGCUGGCGUACGUCGGGGGCAUGUGCUCCCGCUCUUAUUCCUGCACCGUCAACGAGGCUACCUCCCUGGCCGCCGCCUACAUCAUAGCCCAUGAGCUGGGACACAGUUUCAACAUGCGACACGACGGUACAGGGAAAGCCAGCAUCUGCAAGAAGAACAACUUCAUCAUGUCUCCGGUGAUGGCGUCAGGAGCCACCACUUGGUCCUCCUGCUCCAGCAACGUCCUUCACAACUUCCUCAACACUAAAGGCGAGUGUCUGAGCACCUCCAAUACUCGCAAACUCGAGAACAACGACGAGAACCAUCACGGUAAACUCCCCGGCAAGAGAUUCAAUGCCGACGAGCAGUGCCACUAUAUGUACGGCAGAGAAUGGCGACACUUUACAAACUCUAUGAAGCCUUUUAAUGAUGUGUGUAAGGAGAUCUGGUGCCGUAAUGGUCGACUACUCAAGACACCCUCAGCCGCCGCUCUAGAAGGAACACUGUGUGGAGGUUCUAAGGUGUGUAAGAGGGGGACGUGCGUUAAGGCUAAGAAAAAAGUCACAGAUGAUAAAGGUGGGAGUGGGAGAACCUCAAAAUCCCUUAAACUAAGCACAGAGGAAAUAAAGAAUCAAGCUAAAAAGAAAAACAGCAAAAGAAAAACGAGUAAAAAAUCGAAGAAACCAAAAACGGGAGAAACAAACAAUCCUCAAAAACAAAAUAAAUCACAAACCUUAAAUAGUGAGAUGAGUCAGUUCGAUGUACCCAAAAAGGGGGGAAAAGUGAAGAAAAAGAACAACAAAAAGAACACCAUGAAUAUAAACAAUGAAAAUAAACACAAGAGCAAGACAGCGAUUACCAAAAAAGACGUAAUGACAGGUAUUAAAGAGAAAAACACAAUAAAGAAGACGAAGAAAACGCCCAAGAAAAUUAGAAGAAUAGAAACCCCAACACACAUCGUCAUCAAGGAGAGGAUGAAGUACGUAGAGGGGAAAGGAUGGAAGAUAAAGAUUAUAAAGAUAAAAAAGACACGGCGAAUGAUGGAGGAGGCGGGGAACCAAAACAGAAGUCCUACGGAAGCAAAAUGUAAUAAUAACUGCAUGACGGAAAAGAAAAAGAGUCAGAUAUCAAAAAUUAAGAAGAAGACAAAGCAGAACGCUCGUAAGUCGACUAUAAAGGGUCCUAAAACAUCAAAGAUAAGUAAAGCGUUCAUAAAGGCGAGUGACCACUGCCAGCCUAGGAAGAUCAAGUACGUGAACGGGAAGGGUUGGUGGGUAAAAAUUCCCAUUGACUGUAUACAACCCACCGCUUACAAUAAGCUCACUUGAUUAACAGUACACUGUGUAGAGGUUUGAAUGUUGUUUUAAAUGCGAUGCUAAGUAUGCAUGCUGUAAGAUUUAUUUCAGUGUGUGUUCACGAUGCAAUAUUUACUUCGUAAGGCCUUCACCAAUAACUUCGAUUUAUAAUUAUUUUGACUUACCACUUUACUAUAGUAACCUUAAGUGAAUUAACUUUUAUUUGUGGUGAAAUGGAGUAAAUUUUACAUGUGUCUACUGGUCACCCCAUUACAAACUCCACAAGUUGUUUACUUGUGUCUGGAAUAAGGCAGGGGAUUCUCUUGAACCCCUCCUGCUGCUCUUCCAACUAAUUCUCAUAUUUAUUUUAGUUGUAUCAUGAUAAAUUCUAAAGAAACCUGUUAAUUUAAAAUGUUAAUUAAAACUAUUAAUUUCA